AUGUAUGUCUCUAUCUUCCUCCCAUGGCUGCUUACCAUUCCUUUCUUGGUCCAUUCAUCCCCUGAUCAGCAACCUAAAGGUUUGUUGAUAAAUUGUGGCUCCGACGUUAAACAAACGGUAAAGGAAACCGGCCUGACGUAUAUUCCCGACGACGGUUUUACAUUUUCCGGCAACAAAACAUCUCUUGACGCCAAAAAUUUGCUUCCCAUAUUAAGCACGCUCCGAUACUUUCCCGACAAGGUAGCAAGGAAAUACUGCUACACGUUCCAAGCCAUUAAAGGGUCGAAAUAUCUAGUGAGAACCAUCUACUAUUACGGUGGUUUUGAUGGUGGGAAAGAGCCGCCGGUGUUUGAUCAGAUCGUCGGAGGGACGAAAUGGAGUGUCGUUAAUACGACGGAGGAUUACGCUAAUGGACUUUCUUCGUAUUAUGAGAUCAUCCUUGUUGCUCACAUUAAGACCCUUAGCGUUUGCAUCGCGAGAAAUAACCAAACAGUUUCUAGCCCUUUUAUAUCCGCCAUUGAAGUGAUUUCUCUCGAUGAUUCGAUGUAUAAUUCCACCGAUUUAGGUGCUUAUGCGCUUGUUACGGUGGCGAGAAGUAGCUUUGGGAAUGAAGAUACCAUCAGCUUUCCUGAAGAUCCAUAUUAUCGAUUGUGGCAACCAUUCAAGGAUGACAGUACUGAUGUUGUUUCGAGUCAAUCGAGCAUAACCACUUCGGAGUUUUGGAACAAGCCGCCGGCCAAAGCAUUUGCGACGGCAAUAACGAUGAGCACCACGAAGAAACUCGAUGUCCAGUGGCCACCAGGGUUGCUUCCAAGCACCAGAUACCACGUUUCAUUAUAUUUUCGUGACGAUAGAAACUCAAAGACAAAUACAUGGAGAGUCUUUAGCAUUUUGGUAAAUGGAAAAACUUUCUAUAGUAAUCUCAAUGUCACAACCGAUGGUGUGACUGUGUAUGCACCAAAUUGGCCUCUAUCAGGGAAAACACUAAUCAGCUUGAUCCCUGAUACUAAAAGUUCCAUUGCACCUUUGAUCAAUGCCGGUGAAAUCUAUCAACUUAUGCCCCUCGGUGGAAGGACACUACCACAAGACGUGAUGGCAAUGGAAGAACUUGCAAGAGGCUUUGACAACCCACCACUUGAUUGGAGUGGUGAUCCAUGUCUCCCCCGAGAGAACUCGUGGACCGGAGUUUCGUGUUCCCAAGAAAAAAUGCCUCGAAUUAUCGCUCUGCAACUUACCAACCUUGGGCUAACUGGAAUUCUAGCUCCAACAGUAAACAAUUUAACUGCACUCCAUCACCUUUGGUUAGGGGAUAAUCAAAUAUCAGGUUCCAUCCCAGAGAUGAACUCAGUGGAUCAGCUUGAAACUUUGCAUUUGGAGAGUAACAAUUUUACAGGGCCAAUCCCCAAAUCAUUAGCCACACUUCAGUACCUUCGUGAGAUAUUCCUUCAGCAUAACAAACUUGAUGGUCCAAUCCCUCAAGAACUACAAGGGAGAAAGGGCUUACAUAUUCUGUAA